AUGCAUGCUCUGGCAAAUCCAGUCCUCUUCCUGUUGCUAGUCGCGAGUACCUGUAAACUGGCAUUUUCCUCCUCUCUUCCAUGCCAGACUCGCUUGGCUCGUUUCAUCCCGUCUGCCUCAUUCGUCCUCAAGGAAUUGACUUCGUCUCACCGGUCGGCCAGGCAACCUCCACCUCGUCUAGUCUUGACUGAAUUUAUUUUUCCCUGUCCAAGCCCAGUCGUUCGUCUGAGGCUCACGCAAACAACUCGCUCUGACCCUCCUCAAGCGGCCUCCUCCGAAGGCAGUGCGGUUUUGUCUGCACAGCUUUACAGCACUCGAUUGUUUUAUUGCUCUUCCCUCUUCUAA